GUUAAAUAAAACGCCCUUGCAACCGUCGCCGCUCCUAGCACGGCGUGGCGUUUUCCCGAUUUGCACAGCCUUUCCCAAAACAGCUCAUUUAGUGCCAUCAUUACAACUUAUGGCGAUUUAUGCCGAACCCUAAUCAUAUGAAAGCAAGAAUGCAAUUCAUAUGGGCCGCUCGAAGGCACGUUGACAACUCUCCCGCUGCGAUGACGGCGACAUUGCACACCUUAUUAUUCCACUAGUACACACCUUCUUCUUCUUCAUCCUAGCAAGAAUCACAGGGUCUGGCUGCGGGCAUGGGGAGCUUGGGCCAUGAAGCAGUCGCAGCGGCGCAGUUCCGUGCCGCUGAGUUGGCGAGGCGAACAGUGGAAUACCAUAGUUCCCGCGAGGGUGAGCACCGCGCACGCGACCGCUUGGGCGGCCGCUUCACGCCCUACCCCUGGGCCGACGCGGCGGCGGCGGUGCUGGCAGAUGAGGUGCUCGAGGACGAGGAGCUGGUGGUGGCGCUGAUCCGGGAGCUGGGCAGGCAGGGCUGCUCUGAGGUGGCGGUGGCCGCACUGGACCUGGUGCUGUCACGUGCCGGGUCUGACGGGGACGGGGCCGGGGCCGGGCCGGGCGGUCUGCCGCCGAGCAAGGGGCUGUUCGACUCGGCGCUACUGGUGUGCGCGGCGGAGUACCAGGAUGAGCGUUGUGUGGCCCUGUACCGGCGCAUGCGGCAGGCGGGGCUGGCGGCGGACGUGGGGUCACUCAACCUGGCGCUGACAGGGCUGUGCUGCCGGGGACGGCUGGAGGAGGCGGUGGAGCUGCUGGAGCAGGAGGUGGAGGACAGCGGCGGCGUCAUCAAGCCCAACAGCUUCACAGUGCUCAUGAUACUGCAGGCGUGCAACUACAAGCGGCGAGGUGCCUACCGGGAAGCCAUCGACGCCGUGCGGGCUCUAGAGUCGUGGGGGCGGCCCGCCAACGAGGAGGUGGUGGAGGCGCUGCUGUGUGUGUGCGAGGCUGCCAUGCACAAGGCGCCCAGCUUCGAGGCGGCGGUGGAGGUGUUCAGCGCGCUGGCGGAGUUGCAGCUGGCGGACAGCACACGCGUCUACAACGGACUGCUGGGCGCGGCGGGGCGGGCCGGCAGGUGGCGAGAGGCACAGGCGCUGUACAUUGCGAUGCAGGCGGACGACAUCCCCGCCAGCCUGGAGACACACACAGCCCUCAUCCAGGCGUGUGUGGUGGGCCGGGCUCUGGACCACGCACUAGACAUAUUCGAGUUCCUGGUGGCGGGCCGCGCCGCGCACGAGCUGGUGCCGGCGUCCAUCCAGACCUACAACCACCUCAUUCAUGCCUGCCACCAGGCCGGCAUGCUGGAGAAGGCCCUGGAGAUCGCGGCCUGGGUUCAGAAGACGGGUGUGGAGUUCAACGACGAGACGUACGAGGAGCUGAUGGCCACCAUUGAGGUGGCGCAGCUGUGGGAUGAGAAGGCCAUGAAGCAGGCCCUGAAGCGCCACCCGGCUGUGCUGCCCAAGCACCUCCGGCCCGCGCCCUAUGACGCCAUGCGGGUGCUGUACCUGGACCACCUGGAGACUCUGCAGCAGGAGGAGCUGCUGGCGCUGGAAAAGCUGGGCACACUGGGCAGCUGGGCGCCCAAGUCGCUCACCAAGGGCCUCAUGGGCGAGCAGCACGAGCAGAUGAUGCGCGAGCAGCAGCAGGCGGCGGGCGCGGGCGCGGGUGCCGGCGGCAACUGGACGGCCUCGGCAGAGGCCUCCAGCUGGCGCGGGGCUGGCGGGCUCGGUCUGGAUGCGGAGGCGUCCACUGCCUCGGUCUCGGUCUCGGCCCCGGGUCCGCCGCUGUCGUAUCGGGACAUGGCCGCAGCCAUGCGCGCGUCCAUGCCCGCUCUGGCUUUUGGGGGCGGUGGCGGUGGCGGCGGCGGCGGCGGCGGUGGCGCGGCGACGGCGCUGGCGGCCGUGUCAGGCGUCGUCGGGCUGGGCGGCGAGUCGUCUGUUAGCUCCCUGGCAGGCGGUGGCGGUCCGCCGGCGGGCGCCCCCUCCAUGCGGCAGCUGCUGACCAGCAUGUCCAUGAAGCGGAUAGCGGGCGGCGGCAAUGGCGGCCCGGGGGCAGGGUCAGCGUCGACGGCGCUGUCGUUCAGAGCACCUGGCAUGCGGAGUCUGCUAGGCGCAGCAGGAGCAGCUGUGCCAGACUCACCUACUGCCUCCUCAGCCGCCGCCAGUGCCUCCUCUCCCGCCGGCGCAGCGGCAACAGUAAGCUCGCAGCAGCUGGGAGCGGGCGGCGGCGGCUCCGAACCUGCACCCACCGGCUUUAACCAGCCGCCCACGUGGGCGCAGGUGCAGGUGGCGGACGCGGCCACCGCGGGCCCCGGCGGCACGCCCUUUGUGACGCCUCAGGCGGCGUCAGUGCGGGCCUCGGCGGCGGGCACCGUGCCGCCGCUGUCGCUGGGGUCGGGCCUGGCGCUGGCGGUGGAGCCCGCCAACCUGCAGGGACAGCCCUCGGCCGGAUCGCUGGGCGGCACACCCCGCGUGUCGGCGCGCGGGGUGGCGUCGAGCAGGGCAAGGCCUGUGCCGCCGCCGGUCGCAACCGCGGGAUCAGUGGGUGCCGGCGGACUGCCGGCAGUGGCCGGGGCGGGCCAGGGUGGCGGCAUUCAUGCGAGUGCUGGUCUGCUGCCGCUGGCGGACGCGGGCCCAGCGCUGGGCAGCCCGCGGGGUGCGGGCGGGCCACUGCCGGCUGCGGCAGGCAGUCGGUUGCGGGCGCUCAAUCCCAGUCUUCAAGUGGCGGUGGGCGGCCCGGUGUCGCAUGACUUCCUGCCAUCACCUUUGCCCACUAUGCCACCCACCUCAUUGGGCGCCGGCAGCGGGCGGCGGCCGGGCGGUUUGCGGUGACCGGCGGUCAGUGACGCCGGCUGUUGAGCACGGAUGGCAGUGUUCGGCACCAGAACUUUGUAUCAGUAGCAUGGCGGAUUAACCGAUCGUCGCUGUUAUAAGCUUGUGGUCUGAUGACGGCGCGAAGUAUGCAGGUGUUUAGAAGACUCUGGGGGAGGCUAUUGAGCUGAGCAGGGGUGAUGGGAUGAAGAUGCGUGGCCCAUUGCAUCGACCAAUGCACUCCUAUCUUACUGUAAGCUGACAGCAAC